AACUUCAAGGGACACCACUUUACUGUCACCCAGCCUGCUUCACUUCCUGCUUCGUUACUGUGUGUGUGACUGAAAACAGAGCUGUGGUUCUUCUAUUGGAUAAAAUGAGGCCUGCUUUGAUGCCACACCCUUAUCUGCUGCUGCUGUUGCUCUUGGCGGGGAAAUCUGUCCUGCUACAGGAAAACAUCAAGCCCAAUUUUAUCCUGAUGAUGCUAGAUGAUCUUGGAAUUGGAGAUGUGGGCUGUUAUGGUAAUGCAACACUAAGGACCACCAAUAUUGACCGGUUAGCGCAGGAAGGGGUGAAGCUGACUCACCACAUUGCUGCUGCAAGCCUUUGCACUCCGAGCCGAGCAGCAUUCCUCACAGGACGGUACCCAAUAAGAUCAGGAUUAGUUGGUCAUUUAAGACCAGGGGUCUUUUUAUUCAAUGCAGCAUCCGGAGGUCUACCUACUCAUGAAGUUACCUUUGCUAAAAUUGCUAAGCAACAGGGCUACAAGACCGCUCUUAUAGGGAAAUGGCACCUUGGACUUAACUGUAAAAGUAGCGACGAUCAUUGCCACCACCCUAGCAACCAUGGCUUUGAUUACUUCUUCGGCAUCCCAUUAACCAACCUGCGAGACUGUCGACCUGGUCACGGCACCGUUUUCCAAAUCCAUAAAUAUUUACCAUAUGGUUCACUGGGAGCAGUGUUGUUGAGUGCAGCGGUUCUCCACUGGAGCGGCCUCAUCGCUUUACGCAGAGUGCUGAUCUUAGGCCUGCUGUUGACGCUGGGCGUGGUCACUCUGCUGAUAGCAGGAUUUGUCAAAAUCAUCCCGUACUUGAACUGCAUUCUCUUCAGAGAUCACAGCAUCGUGGAGCAGCCGUUCAAUUCUGAAAACCUCACGCAGAAAAUGACUCAGGAGGGGGUGGGAUUCAUUGAGCGAAACUCCGCUAGGCCCUUCCUGUUGUUUUUGUCCUACCUGCAAGUACACACAGCCAUAUUUGCUUCUGCGGCGUUUAAAGGAACAAGCAGCCAUGGGGUCUACGGAGAUGCUGUUCAUGAAGUGGACUGGAGUGUUGGCCAGAUCCUGCAGACGCUAGACAGGCUCAGGUUGAGAGAAAACACACUGCUUUACCUGACUUCAGACCAGGGGGCUCAUCUGGAGGAACUGUCUUCUGAAGGCGAGGUACAUGGAGGAUGGAAUGGAAUAUAUAAAGCAGGAAAGUCCACAAAUUGGGAAGGAGGGAUUCGGGUUCCUGGAAUUCUGAGUUGGUUGGGCAAAAUUCCCGGUGGCAGAGAGGUAGAUGAGCCCACUAGCAACAUGGACCUGUUCCCUACUGUGGUUCAUCUGAGUGGAGCUGCGGUUCCCCAGGACAGGGAAAUUGAUGGUCAUGACCUCAUGGACUUGCUGCAGGGCAGAGCUGAAAGGUCCAACCAUGAAUUUCUGUUCCAUUACUGUAACGCCUACUUAAAUGCAGUGAGAUGGCAUCCCCAAAACAGUAGCUCAGUGUGGAAAGCCUUUUACUUCACCCCAGACUUCUACCCGGUGGACAAAGCAACCUGUUUCCACACACACGUCUGCUUUUGCACACCCAGUCAUGUGACCUACCACGAUCCUCCACUUCUCUUUGAUCUCUCGAAGGAUCCGUCGGAGACAAGGCCGCUGACCCCUGACACAGAACCAGCGUUCCACUCUAUUCUCGCUGCAAUGCAGCAGGCAGUGGAAGCCCACCAGAGGUCAGUGAGGCCUGUGGAGAGCCAGUUAAGUGCAGCGAACAUCAUGUGGAAGCCCUGGCUUCAGCCCUGCUGCUCCACCUUCACACAGCUCUGUCAGUGCCAACAGGACUAAUGAACGGGGGUCGGCGGACAGUCUCAGUAGAUAACUCCUUCAGACCAACCUACACAAACAAAACAGGAUCCAACUAAUAGCCAUGCAGGUAGAAUUUUACCUUCAGGAAUCUGUAGGAAGUCUGUAGUUCUGCUGAGGUGUUCAGAAAGACCAGGUGGCUUGUUUAAACUGGACAGAAAAUAAAGAAAAAUCAAAUCUUU